UUUUGCUAACUUCUUACGCGGCCAAGCAAUAUUAUCCAGUUAUGGUUGGAUUUUGGAAGAACUCGCUUAUCAAUUUCCUCUUGUUUUCUCUCAUCAGAUGGCCACAAAUCUUCUCAAAUUCCAUUUUCAAACCACUGAAGCUGCUACUCCACCAUUCCCGAAUCUACUGCCCACCAAAAAUUGCUUCCCUGUUCUCCCAAUUCCGCCCUCUCAACUCCUCCAAAUUCGCCAUUUCCAGGGCUCCUAUUCUCCACCAACUCACAAAUUAAGAAGAACCCCUUUUACAGUUCAUUCUUCUCUGUCCUCUUCAACCCCACCCACCUCAAAAGAAGAAGCCAUUUCGCAAGUCAAGACCUGCCUCAGUACCACACUUGAAAAACCCCUCAACAACAUUAGAUUUUCCGGCAGGAUCAAGAAGGCAAAGCAACCCAGAUUCCGGCUGGAGAUUCCGGUCAUCGAUGAAUCUCCCAGUUCUCUGGUUCAGCUCGCUUUUGAGGUUUUUGGAGACCUGCCCAUUAGGAGAAAAGGGUCCCCUGUUAAAAUCUUCAUCCUCUGGCCAAACCCCACCUUGGCUGAAGCCGCUAGUAAAGCCUUCCAGUCUCGUUCUUCACACCAAAUUGAACAAAUAGACAUUUCCUCAGUCGAUGAAUUGGAUACCAAAAUUCUGAAUUCUGCCGACGUGGCUGUGUUUUUGGGGCCAGAAUCCUCCCAAAUUCAAACCAUAAAGACUGUUACAGACGGUUUGUAUCCUAAGCCAGUGGUGAUUUUCAAUCCCAGGUGGGCAUUUGAGGAGGAGAGCGAAUUGGGUGAGCUGAGAGGAUUUGUUGGUUCUUUUGAGGUGAUUUAUUCCUUCAUGGGAUUGGAAGUUCAAGGGAUUCUGAAUAAGAGAAGAGGGGUGAUUUUUAAGUGUGUGAGAAAUGGGGUUUUGAGUGGUGAGCCAUGGAAUGUGCUUGUGGAAGAGGAAGGAGGAGAACUGAAGGCGGUUUCGAAGUUCAAGACACGGCCAUCGAUCACGGAAGUUGAGAAUGUGUUGUACAAUUUGAUGGCCAUGAACUCGCCCAUCACCAAGUCUGCAAAGUUCUUCAGAGACUUGGUCUCAAACGUAACUGGGAAAAAAUAGAGAGAGAGGGAGAGAGGGAGAGAAGCUGAGAAUGAAUGUACCUAUAGUAGAACACUUGCUUUCUCCAUCAAUGGUAUCAACUGCUG